UCUCCAGAAACAGAGCAUCGACACUUUCUCUGCUAAAAUGGUAUCAGAGCCUCUGUGCUAAGAUCCCGUUUUCCUUUUCUUCUCUUUUUUGAGUGUUUUUGCUAUUUUUUCUCGGCGUUAUGACAACUCCCACAAUCCCGUUAUUCUCGGCUGAAGAUUCUUCUCCUCCGGUGUCCUCUACUUCUCCGGCCUCUGCUCCGGCCGUGUCCUCCUUUGAUUGCUUUGACAAUCCUUAUUUCCUGAGUUCUGGCGAUCAUGCUGGUAUUCAGCUUGUCACAAAGCGCCUCACCGGUGCCGGUGAUUACAGCUCCUGGUUUCGAGCUGUUUCCAUGGCUCUCGAAGGACGAAACAAGCUCUGUUUCAUUGAUGGAUCGUUACCCCGCCCUGCCGAUGAUGAUCCUACUCUCCGAUUUUGGAAUCGCAACAACGCCAUUGUUGGGUCCUGGCUCAUCAAUUCUGUGGAUGAAGACAUCUCUCAGAAUUUGAUGUUUUAUCCCACUGCUCGUGAGAUGUGGUUAGAUCUUGCUCAUCGAUUUCAACAAUCGAAUGCUCCUCGUAAGUAUCGGGUCCGACAACGCCUUCGUAGUCUGCGACAAGGUACUCUCGAUAUUGCCAAAUAUUAUACUGCUCUUUCAACAAUUUGGGAAGAACUGAAGACCGUCCGCAUUAAUCAUCGCUGUACUUGUGGGAAAUGCACUUGUCAAGUUGAUAAACGUUGGAUUGAUGAGUUUGAGAGUGAUUUUGUUAUCGAUUUCCUUUAUGGCUUGAAUAAUGAGUAUGAAAGUGUGAGGAAUCAGAUUACCAUGAUGGAUCCUAUGCCUGAUAUUCAGCGUGUUUAUAAUCUCGUAAUCCAACAAGAACAACAACGAUUGGUGAAAUCUUCCAUUCCAUCGGAGGCGGUUGUUUUUCAGUCUUCUGUUUCUCCUCCUGAUGCGAAGGUGGCUGCCGUUUCUGGUAAUUCUUUCAAACCUCGACAACAUCCCCUAUGCACUCACUGUGGAUUAUACGGGCACACCGUUCAGAAGUGUUAUAAACUUCACGGUUAUCCCCCGGGUUACAAGCCUUCUUCGCAGGCUAAGUCUUCUUCUGCCUCUAAGAGUUUCAGUCGUAUUGUUUCUCCGAUGCCUGGACCUUAUGCUAAUUUGGUCACAGAGAAUAGUAUUAAACCUUCUCCUGUUGUUCCCGAGUUGGGUAGCUUUUCCAUUGCUCAGCUACAGGAAUUGUGUUCUAAAAUCAGCUCGCAGCUCAAGACGUAUGGUCCCUCGAUUACUGAAUCAGGAGCCCUGGAUGUCUCUGCAUCAUCUGGAGCCUACUCAGGGCUCGACGAUUGGGAAGGCUAAGCUUAUGCACAGCCUCUACUUUCUCGAGUCCGACACUCCACACUCGUCCUCUUCCUUUCCGGUUCAAGCUUUUCAUGCUGAUUCCGCACUUUGGCACAACAGGCUUGGGCAUCCUUCAUUUCAGAAACUCAAAUCUUUUUCUUCUAUUCUUUCUAUUAAGAAUUUUUCGGACGUUACCCACUGUCGGGUUUGCCAUUUGGCUAAACAACGCCGUUUACCUUUUGUUUCCCAUAAUCGACUUUCUCCUUGUUCUUUUGAUCUUAUCCAUAUUGAUAUUUGGGGUCCUUUCUCGACUAUUUCCUAUGAUGGUUUCAGUUAUUUCUUGACCAUUGUUGAUGAUCAUUCUAGG